AUGCCCUUCAUUUCCACUUCUCCAACACCACCACUUAUCAAACGUCCACCAAAUCACCAAACUAAGGAAUCACAAAUCUACCGAUUAUUUCGAACAGACCACGGCAAUGGUAAGGAAAAAUCGUCGUCUACGGAGGAGAUUCCAAUUUUGGCAAACCAGUAUCGACGACGGUUUGGAAUGGUUUUGAAUCGUCCUACGGUAAUUCGUCUCGCCGAUUUGCAUUUUAGCAGCUUGGAACAUUUAAAGUCAUGGUGCGAUGUAACUCAUAAACAGAAAUGGGAGCAAGCGAUUUCACGACUUGCUUGCACUAAAGCAUUUGACCAUGCUGAACGGGUUUUCGAUGAGGCAAAGUUGAAAAUGCAAGAAGGAGACGAGGAAGAUGCAUAUAAGCUGUUCACACGAAUGGGCGUUAUCUCGAAAAUAAUUAUUAGCAAGAACGACUUCCAAGAGUUCAAGAAUUCACCGGAUGGUCGUCGUUUUUACUCUUUAUUUGAGCAAUGUAUUGCUUAUCUGAAAGAGCUGGAAGAAAGUUUAAAUAAGCGGUACGAGUUAAAAAAAGUCGAAAAAAGUUAUGAUGAGCGAGACUUGUCAGUUUUACAGAGUGAAGAAACACGAAAAGACAAAGAUUAUUCUGUAGAUGAAUCACUGGUAAUAGAUCCACGUGAUUUGGUGCGUUACAUUGCUUGUAAACACCGAGUUCUUGUUAUUGAUUACCGAAAUGAUCAGACAGAUGUCAUUCAGUAUGCAAAUGCUGGGCUGUUAGUCGCACAGGUUCCUUCCGAUGCCAUUGUUCCUGGUUGUAUUGGUUCUUCAUUGAUUCGCUCGGCCGAGAUUGGCCAAAGAGCUAUCCUUCAGCGCAUGACAGAUGUAGAUAUGGUAGUACUUAUGGGGAAUGAGAGUGCUCCAAAUGAGGAAAAGGAUAUGAUUGCUGGAUCAAAGGAACAAAUACUAUAUAGCGCAUUAUCGAUGUAUAACAAUAACUUCCGGUUGCGAAAACCACCAAAAUUCUUGAAAGGUGGUUUUGAAAGUUGGCGUUUGUAUUAUCCAAUGCAUACAUCUACAAAAUCUGCGAUGCAAAGGAAAUUUGUGGAUAUUGCAAAUCGUACCGAAUUCGCUAGGGCUGUUGCUGAAUACAAAAAAGAUUUUGGGAUUGAUUUCUUAGAAUAUCCUCAGUUACUACCAGUGAUUUAUCCUAAAAAAAGUGGAUUAUCGAUGCCUCAUUCGAGUGUUUCUGAUAGUGUUGUGCAUCAUAUGGGACAGUCUUCAUCUUACUCCUCAAUGUUAAUGGAAUCUGCAGACGUUUCUGACAAACCGUCAGUAUCAUCGUUGGGCUCACCGCUGCCACCGAAAAAUGGAUUACUUGACAUUAGGAUAGAUGCUACUGGUACAACAAAUGAAUCUUCAGCUAUAAUUGAUUCAGUCAUUACGGAGACUGCAGUUCCUCCGAUCCAUCAAAGUGCGACUAAAAACUCUAAUUCGCAGAUUGAUGUCCCUGCACUUCAGUCUUAUCAAUUCCCCAUAAUUGAUAGAAGCAAAAAACCGCCUUCAGAGUUAUUUUUACAUAAAGAAAAAGCCUCUUCUGAGAAAUCCUUUCCAAUUAAGCCGACUCUAACGAUGUUUGGUGGUGCAAAAUUAUACGAUGCAAGCGCAAAACGGACUCCAGUGAAUAUUCCAGCCAUACCAGACAGACUACUGAAACCACAAUUACUUCUGAGUGAUGGCUCGCACCAACUUUUACAUUUAUAUGAAUCUAUGAUGAAUAUUCUUAGUCUCUAUGCAGUUCCUGAAAGCUGUAAUUCCGGAUACACUGGUUUAUACAAUUUGGGAAACACAUGCUUCAUGAACUCUGUGUUACAAACUCUGUUCAAUACAAUACCAUUGCGACGUAUUUUCACCAAAAACGAAUUUGUCAGAUUUGUUAACAGGAAUAACAAAAUGGGAACAAUGGGUGUAAUAUCGUCAGUAUUUUCGGCAAUGAUGGAUUCUGUUUGGAGUGGAUUAUUCAAGGCUCUCCGUCCUCAACAAUUUCUUGAAACAUUUGCCGCUGAAGUGAAUGCUUCUUUGGCUGACGGUCAGCAGCACGAUGCGCAAGAAUUUCAGAUUUAUUUGCUUGACGCAUUACAUGAAGAUACGAAUCGGGUAGUGAAACGUAUAACAUUUGAACAGAAUUAUACUGGAGCAGAUUUAGAAGCAGAAGCAGCUGAUUACAAUGAAAAAUUAAGGAGAUUUGCCUGUUCGCCAAUCAGUGAUAUUUUUAAUUGUCAAACAGUAUCAAGUUUGCAAUGCAAUAAAUGCAAAAGGCAAAGCGUUACGUUCGAAGAAUUGGCUCAGCUGUCGAUCGAAGUGCCAAAUCGAAAUUCAACAAUUGAAGAUUGUAUACGGAAUCAUUUUCAAGACGUGGAACUAGAUGGUUCAUGCAAAUGGCGCUGCCCUAAUUGUGAGUCUUUACAGACUGCAACUCGUAGAACGUUUUUGUGGAAGCUGCCUGAAGUUCUGGUCAUACAUUUGAAACGUUUCACUUUUAUGGGUGAUAAUUGGCAAAAGAAUGAUGCUUAUGUAGCUUUCAACACGUUUCCAUUAAAGCUACAGGCUGAAUAUUUCAGCUUAUAUGCUGUUAUCAACCACAGAGGAAGCUUAAAUAGCGGACAUUAUACAGCAGUGGUUCGUAACCAAACCACUAAACAAUGGUUACUCUUCGACGAUGAUCUUGUUGCGCCGAUAGAUGUGGAUUUGAUAUGCUCGAAGUAUGCCUUUAUCUUAUAUUUUCAGAAAAAUUCUCUUGCAAAAGUCCUAUGA